AUGGCGUCCAACGGUGUAGCUUCCGGGCCCAGCCUGGAAGAUGUGAUUAGCCAGUUGAGGACCAUCCAGCAGAAGCAGGAUGAGCUCCUCUCCGUCGUGGACUCUAUGUCCCGCGGCACCGCUCAACCCUCAGCAGCUCCCGGCCUACGACCAUCUCCAGCCUCCCUUUUCCAGCAGCAAAACGAACAGGAGAUCGAGGAAGCCGCUGCCUCGUCAGCUGCUGCUCUGGCCGCGAAGUCCACUGCAACGCCGCCUCUGCGCCCUACAGACACGUCCGAUUCCCCGAUCGGAAGCUCGUCGCCGACACAGGCCUCCGGCUUCUCUUCCCGCAUCAUCCUGACGACAUACCCCAAGCAGACUGGCAUCAAGCCAAUCCCUCUGAACUGGGGCGCUCCUGAACCUACUGAACGAGGCCCAAUUGUGGUCUCCCGCUACUCGAGUACCAUCCGGAGGCGCAAUGCUAUCGGCGCUCAUGGAGGCUCUUAUUCUAUCUACUACGCCCUGGCUCUCGCCAGCAAGGAGCUCAAGGCCGAUCACCGACCUGACUUCACCAACACGGAGCCGGCAGCCACGAUAGGACCUUUCCCACAGUGGGGCGACAGGAAGAAGAUUGUGGCCAUGGACCCCUGGGGUCAUAUUGCCCCUUGGCUGUUCAAGGAUCUGGUCGAAAGGGAGGAUGUUGAUAUCCGUCCAACAAUCGCCAUCACGAAGGCACACAUGAAGCUUCCGGAGCUGGAGGACAGCGUGCGCAAAGGAAGACUUGUGCCGGAUGGCAAGAUAUGCAAGAACGAUUCAGGCGAGCUCGCUGUGACGAAGUUCGCCGUCGAACCAGCCUGGUACCUGCCCGGAGUCGCCGAGAGAUUUGGCAUUGACGAGGGAACUCUCCGAAGGUCUCUUUUUGAGUACACCGGCGGCAGCUAUCCCGAGCUGAUAACCCGCGGAGACAUCAAAGUUUUCCUACCACCUAUCGGUGGCUUGACGGUCUAUUGCUUCGGCGAUCCCGCCAAUAUGUCCAAUCCGAACAAGAAGCUCGCGCUCCGAAUCCACGACGAGUGUAACGGGAGUGAUGUCUUCGGUUCUGACAUUUGUACCUGCCGGCCGUACCUAAUUUUUGGAAUCGAGGAGGCCGUCAAGGAAGCCCAGAACGGAGGCAGCGGCGUUGUCAUCUAUUUCCGAAAAGAAGGCAGGGCUCUCGGUGAAGUCACCAAGUAUCGUAAGUGUUACCGUCGCUCCGAGAUCUUCCCGGUCUGGCUGCUGGCGUUCGUGUACAACGCCCGAAAGCGUGGAGAGGACCGGGCGUCCGACUACUUCAAGCGCACAGAGAAUGUUGCGGGCGUAAAGGACAUGCGGUUCCAGGCCCUAAUGCCGGACAUCUUGCACUGGCUCGGUAUCACCAAGAUCGACAGGAUGCUAAGCAUGAGCAACAUGAAACACGACGCCAUCGUCGGCCAAGGAAUCCCGAUCCACGAGCGUGUCGAGCUGCCCGAAUCAUGGAUCCCUGCGGACUCGCGGGUCGAGAUUGACGCGAAGAUCACGGCCGGUUAUUUCACGACCGGGCACAGGAUGACGGCCGACGAGCUCAAGGCUGUCCAGGGCAGGCUGUGGGAAGACGGCGGGGAAGGGGACAAGGCGGAGAGCAGCCACGAGACAGGACCGAGAGGGGACCGCGAAAUUUCUGUUCCCGAGGAGGAAGCAUUGGAUAUCCUCGUGAUUGAUAGGGUGAAGGACGCCCGUGCCCGUGCCGGUUCUGGCAGCCAGAUGGGACCAAAUGGAGCGAGUCCCGCGCCCGAAUACCUCGAUUGGUCGUGGGCAGGCACUCUGUGGAGCGUCGCGAGCGAUGAGUCUGGGAGCUUGACCGGCUGCAGGAGUGAGCUGACACGAAGCGUUCGAUUCGACGAGGCCGGUGGAUGGGGCUUCAGGCCGGGCCAGUGA